CCCGUAGGCCACUCUUGGCCGAUGCCCUCAAAGGACGCGAACAUAUAUCGAGUUAUUACAGCACACGGGUAUGUACUUUUACUGUUACUCUAUGUCAACAAGAGGUAUCACUCGCUAAGGAUCUUGAAAAAACUUGGAGAUGCGCCAAAAGAGUGCACUAAGGGCAUAUUUAUGUUGAGUUUUCACUGGCUUGUCGCGUUGUUAGCUUUCCUGGCGUAAAUGUCGAGAAGAAUGUCG